UCCCUAUCAGUCAUCUCAGUCUAGUUAUACCACUGGCUACUCAUAUCAGCACGCAUUAUCGAACCAGAAUCAAACUCCCAAUUAUCAGCUAUCACGUACAUCAAGUGCCCCUCAUGACCCUUAUACACAAAGUGGCCUAUCGUAUCCGACCCAGUAUCCCAGUGCACAGGCCCAAACCCCACAUGAUCCCCAGUACAGUGCAUAUAGUGCUCCACAAGCUACUGCGCAAUAUACUUUGGCGAUGCCCUUGAUAUCGAACAGAGAAACUGUGGCUGUCGAGCUAGAAGCUGGACACCCUCGUAUUGUCAAGGAUUCCAGAGGGUCUAUAGGGAAUAAAGAUCGGAGAAUUGCUUCUCAAUUCAAGAGGAGAAAACCAGAGUACUUCAUAGUUGGCCGAGUCUUUAAAGUUCUAUGGCCAGAACUGCAAGGAAACUCGAGUAAGGGAGGCGUUAGCCUUGUUAGUCAGAAAGUUUAUGGCCAGAAAGUCUACGCAAAGAUACGAUACUUCGUAGUCGUAAAUGUAAACGAAGGCAGUUGUUGGUGCUUACCGAUCUCAACCUAUAGUGGCCAGGGAGUUGGAAAACUGGGUGAAGUAAAGAAAUAUCACGCCAUCAUCUAUACGGGAGAUGAUUGCCCAGCUCCGACCCCCUUGGAAAUACCCGUUCACGGCUCAGGUGAGGAGCCAAUGGGACACCCGAUAGCCGUACAAGUGAAAGAUGCGGACAAUAAACUGGAUCCAAUGUCGCGUAUCAAUUUCCAAAAAAUAUACACUGUCGAGACAAAUGUCAAGGUUUACGACUUUGGCCGCGUGGUCGACGAUAAUGGCUCGCUAUCAAGCUUACGUUGGCAAUUCAAUCACGCACUAUUGAAUGUUAGCAAUGACCAGUUACCUUCCGAGCGAAUAAUUGCAGGAGGAACAGCUGGCCGUAGAGAAAAAGAGAAAAUAAAGGAAGAGGAAGAGGAACAGGAAGAGGAAGAGGGUUACGCCCAAUAUGGGGACGAAGCAAGAUAAGACUAGGGAAACAGGAAAUCUUCUGAUGCAGAUGAGAUAUGAUGACGACAAAUGCGGCAUCAUAGCAUCUCAACAAAAUUUGACCAACGCCAGAAAACUUCGAAUUACAAGCCACACUCUAGCGACAAAGCUGCAUUACCUGAACGUCAAGACAGAAAUAUUUUCCUUUGAUUGUUUGAAUAUACGAACGGCCUACGAACCACACAUCCAGAGUCUACGUUUCAUUCCCCGUGAUACGCGAUGAUAUCGCCUGUCGGUUCAUCAUUUCCGGAUUUUGU